UAGGUUUUUAAUUUGUUGUGACAUUUACUUAUUUUUGACAAGUUGACUAAAACGUAUGUGUAUUGAAUAUAACAAUAACGAAUAAUAAAUUUUAUUCAGCUUCAAAAAAAUGAGGGCUAAGAAAGUGUUUGAUCCAUCUGACAACAAUAUUCCCAGAAAAAGAGGAAGACCUACUGGGUCAAUAAAUAAAACCGUUGACAGACAUUCUAAACAUACUUCUAGCACUGAAUUAAGACCCGAUUCCCGAAUGGGUAAUAUCAGAGAACAAGGAGGUGUAUGUUCAGUUUGUCAUAACAAUGCAAGAGUAUCAAAUGAUAGGUUUGUUUCAUGUCGAGAGUGUAGUAACAAAGCUCAUUUUAGCUGUUUAAAUGGUGAUGACAAUAUGAUGUUACGAAUGUAUCCUGAUAAUACUUGGCAAUGUCCACACUGUAAAACAUGCGUUAUUUGUUUUGAAACAUCUGAUGCAGGCAGUUUGAUCGUUUGUUCAAUUUGUGCUGAUGCUUAUCAUGCAACAUGUCAUCAACCAAGAAUAACUGAAAAAAUUAGAAAUGGUAUGAAGUGGCUCUGCAUUAAUUGUCAGAUGCCAGAACAGUUGGCUAUUAAUGAUAUUCAGUCGCAUGUUAUUACUGGUGACAGGGACAAAAUAAUUAUUAAUGGCAUUCAUCGAAAAUCACCAUCUCCGUCAGUUUCUGGAAAUUCUUCUCCACUGUACAGAUCAUUACAACCGUCUCCAACACCUCCUACUUUAAGCCCUCAAGCUAAUCGUAAUGGUGAAAUAUCUCCUGAUUUUAAAAGUAACCUUUCAGAUUCACAAAGUCUAAAGGAUUUGGAUCUUGAAGAACACAUUGAUCCAACUAUUCCAGAUGCUACCAAUUGGUCAUAUGAAGACGUGUACAAUUAUUUUGCUCGGUAUUUUCCAAAUGAAGCGAAAGUAUUUAAGGACCAGGAACGUUACUAAUGUGACCAUUCACUGUUGUUACUCAAGACGGGAGAUCGGUCAAUUAGCAGAUUAUCAAUGAAAAACAAAAAGCAUUAUACAUACUUUGGACAUCAUGUGUCUGCAUUUCAUCCCAUUAAGGAGCAGUAUCUAUAAAAUCAAAAGGUUCGACAGAGUGCAUAAAAACUUGGGAUCACAUGUGAUGAAAUUUUAGUUUCUCUUUCUCUGUGCAAAGUAGCAGUACCAACAGUCCUGAGGAAAGAGUGAAGGUGCCUUUUGUCAUUGGGAAUGGAGACACUGUGUUAUUGUUAAAGGAAAAAUUUAUGACAUAAAUUGAUUGACUAACAAAUAAGAAAGAGUAGGAUGUUAAUUUUGACCCUAGCGAUGAUGACAUGGGAUGUCUGACCUGGUACUCCUUCUCAAUUUGAUUUUCAUUCCACAGUUAAUUCAGAUUGAAGAAGAACAAGUGAAGAGAUUGAAGUUCAUUUUGAUGCUGCUGAGAAAACAAAUCGUCUCCCUCCUAUGAUUUGUUAACUUUUCGUCUUGGAGGCUCUUGCAGUUAAUUAAUUGGGAGCAUAAUGCGACUCAGUGCCGCACCAUGCCGAAGUGUGCUGGUGCUUAAUUGGAAUGUGUAUUAGUCUUCAAGUGCGCUAACAGAGUGCACUAAUGUCAGUGUUAAGGAAAAAAAACAUUCAUCGACUUAGCAACCUUAUUAAUGUACUUUUAAAGGGAAUGGUAUACAACAACAAUAAUAAUUAGUCGAAAGCUUUUUCUAUCAACUCCAACUUAAAGAAAAUAAACUUCGUUCAUUUUACUAAGCUGGUAUCCAUUGCGCACAUCGGACAUAGGCAGUACUUUUCACAGUGCUCAACGGUGCGAGGCGUUGCUGUAGUUGGAACACUCGAUGCUGCGCAUAAUGCCGCAUUGUGCGCUCUAGUGCUCUAAUUGGAAAACUACCUAAAUAUCUAUUGAUCACAGCUUAAAUUGACUUUUAACGUGCAUCAGUGGAAAUUUUUAUAACUACCUAUGGUCUACAUCAUAAAUUGACGUCGUCUAUCUAUGAUUAUUUCACAUUUGUCUGUCAAAUAUGAUCUGUCAUGUAAACUCGACGCUUGUCGCCAUUUUAUGAUUCAGCUGUUUUACUUGCUUUUUGGUGCGUGCUUUUAAGUGUGUUAAAUCCCUUCCUUAAUUAACAGGGCGAUUAAUAUGUUUUUAGUCCAUUUCUACAGAUAUUCCAACAAAUGAGAGAGAAUAAAGUUCAGUUUGGUUGUACUGAAUCAGCCAAUGUCUACAAGGGUGUUGUCUUUCGUGGGCUAUAUUCUUGAUUUGCUGAUUUCUUCUUCGUUUUGCAACAUUAUGCAGUUAAUUUUGGUCCUGAGAGUGGGAGGCAAUUGGAAAUUAAUAGAAGCCACUGAAACAACAAAUUGUCUGCAGUGGUACUCCUCCUAAAUUUGAUUUGCGCUCAUCAGACUGGUAGACUUCAGAACGCUACUUUCUGCAGUUGGUUAAAGUAAGAAUACCUGACAUAAUUAAUAUUAAUUGCUGUUUAUUAAUCUGUAAUGGCAUUUCUUUUAACAGUUAUC